AUGCCUGAUCGUCGAGAUAGUGGAAACUCCAGAAAGUCCGACGCGACACACAAGGCGGUUCAGACCACUCUCGAUGGAGUGACCUCGAAUCCUGAGACAGGAGUUGCUGGCUUAGUCUUUGCAGCGAUCAACAAAGAUGGCGAUGUUCUGACAGCCAAUGCGUCUGGCAACCGAGGAUUAGACACCAAGGAGCCGAUGACUCUGGAAACCACUUUCUGGAUCGCGAGUUGCACCAAGAUGAUUGCUACGAUUGCUGUCAUGCAGUUGGUCGAGCAGGGCAAGCUCGACCUUGAUGAUCACAAGCAGCUGUAUAAGCUGUGUCCAGAAUUGGAGAAGGUGAAGGUGUUGACUGAUGAUGAAAAGUUGGAAGAUAAGGAGGCUGAGAUUACGCUGAGGAUGUUGUUGUCGCAUGUGAGUUUGCUACCUGCCAUUGUCCGCAUACCUUCUUUGCUUACCAGUGCCACAGNNACCGCAGGUUUCGGAUAUGAGUUCUUCAACACCAAGCUCAGAGAUUACGGCCGCCCUGUCGGCUUCGACGUCUUCUCUGGUGACCCGGCUGAAGUGCUUAGGAUGCCCCUGGUCAACCAGCCAGGUAGCAGAUGGGAAUACGGCAUCAACAUCGACUGGGCAGGCAUUGCCCUCGAAAGACAAACCGGCAUGAAUCUGAACGACUACAUGCAANAGAACAUUCUGGAGCCUCUCGGCAUCCACAACACAACCAUGUUCCCGACCAAGGAGAUGAAGUCGAAUAUGGCGUCCAUGCACCAACGCUGGCCAGGUAGCCAGAAGGCUGUAGAAAGAGACCAUGUCUACCGCAGACCCAUGGUCGCCGAAGGAAAGGAAGAGCAAAGCAGAAUUCUGUGUAGUGGCGGUGCCGGCCUCUUCUCUCGUCCCACAGAGUACAUUAAGGUGCUUGCCAUCUUGUUGAACGACGGCACGUGUCCCAAGACGAACAAACAGAUCCUUAAGCCAGAGACAGUGAAGCACAUGUUCGAGAACCAGAUUCCUCAGAUGCCGGACUUUGGUCGCCGAGGCAUUCCUGACUCAAAGCCAGAGCACUCGAACCCGCUGGGAGACCUAUACCCACAGGGUGAUGUCGCACAAGUAUGUUGUUUGCGUAUCACUACACAUUUUGACCACACGCUGACAACAACGANNCAGGGUUGGUGCCUUAGCGCAAUGUUGACCAUUGAACCCGGAGUCACAGGCCGUGGAAAGAAUACCGCAUUCUGGGCAGGAAUUGCCAACUUGUUCUGGUGGGCGGAUCGUGAGAAGGGUGUUGCUGGUAUGAUUGCUAGUCAGGUCAUGCCUUUCGGUGAUCCCAAUGUAAUGGGUGCGUGGUUCGGAGCAGAGACGGCGGUGUAUGACAACUUGGGUAAGGGUGCGUAA